UAGAAAUUUCGCAAAACAAUUUCGCUUAAGUUUUAUAUAUUUUUUAGUGAAUAUAAAAAUGAUUUGUUUUGGUCAUCAUCUUAGUUUGCAGAACCCUUCAAAGAUAAAGACCUCGUGUUGCGGAACACUUCAUGCAUCGACCUUGAAUAAAUACUAAAUUAAAACAUUCAAAAACGACAAACACUAAGAGUACAACCAAAGGAUUAAAUUCAUGGGAAUACAGACUACCCUGAUAAUAUAAUGACAAGUUUGGCGUUGUUUCACAGAGUGAAAUCACAGUCACAAUGAAUGAAUGAAGAACAUUGAACAUAAAAAAAAUAAGCACUCAACUCUUUUUCGAGUUUAAAUUUCGAUCUAGAACACUUCAUUUUUGUAAAAAACAAACUAUAAAUACUAUAUAAACGGAGUUUAAUGAAUACAAAUAUUCUUAUCCUAAAGAUUCAACUAAAAAAUCAAUCAAAAUUUUGAGUUAUAUUUCAAAUAUUUUUCACUUUACAUCAAUACUUAAAAUAAAAUAUUAAACUUAUUAGAAAAAUGUACAUGAAAUAUUCAAUGUGUAUGGUAUCAUUUUACUUAGUGGGAAUCAUUUUAACAGUAAAAUCGGAUUCACGUAUUGACAAAAUGGAUGUUCUAUUGAAGAAUAAAAUUUGGAAAGACAUGUCAAACUUUGAUAAGGAAGCAGGAAUAAUAGACAACGGCGAUUUAUGCAAAGUUAGUGAGAUAAUAGCAAAAAUGAAUGAUAGAAUCGUUGAUACAAUCAACUUAAAAACUAAAAUUCGUCAAUAUUUUACUCUGUUAAGUUGUGUGUAUAGUGAAUGGUUUAAAGUUAUUGUUGAUAUUUUGAAUACGAUUAUAGUACAGCAGAAAGAAUCUGGUAUUGAGUGGGAUGCAUAUCAAGUACUUAAAGAGCUUAUUAAAGACUAUGAUAGAGCAGCGUCAAGGAUGAUAAGUUCACUUUUAUUAUUAAUUGACUGGUUUACCGACAGCAAUAAAAAAAAUAGACCUAUGGAAAAUAAUCAAGUUGUAACUGCCAUAAAUUUACUUAGGACAUCGUUUUUCAAGGCAACUAAUAUUGAUAAUUGUGUUAAACUUUUGAACAAUAUUAAUUUAUUGUUAGACGAAUUCCAACAAAAUCAUUUAAGAAUAAAGGAAAUUACAUCUAGAAAAGAAGAAGUAAAAGCUUCAAUACGCAAAUCGGUUUCUGACGCCAUAAAAUCUCUAAGAAGUCCAGAAGAUAUACAGGAUAUUCUUAAAAGUUUUAUAAAAAAAAAUGAAAACAACUUCAUAGUUUAUUUUGAAGAGCUCGGAUUUGGAUACAACGAAUUUUUUGGAACUUCAUUUGUGUUAACAAAUCCCAGCAAAUUAAAUGAAACUCAGAGUUUAUAUCUAGGAAUGCGAAGUUAUUUUCUUAAAUAUUAAAUUGUUAUUUACUUUUUCGUGUUAUUACAUAAUUGGUCAGUAUUUUUAACUGUUGUAAAAUUAUAAUAAUGUGCUGACCUUUGUCAUGACAUUAUUGUUUAAUGUUUUUUUCCAAUUGUAGAAAAUUGAAAUUCAAUUAUUUAUCACACAUUAUAUUUUUGAGUCAGGUAACUUAAUAUAUCUUCUAUUCUUAUAUCUAUUACAUACAUAGGGUAUCCCACCGUGAUUUACUAAUUUUAACAUUAGUUUGUAUAAUCCAAUUAGUAAAUAACGGUGGGACACUCUGUACAUCAUAUUUAGUAAUAAAAAAACUCAGUACUUUCUUGAUAUACUAGAUACUGUAAAAUAUAGAAAUGAAAAUUCACAUUUUUACAAAUUUUAAAACGCUAAAGUUAAUUAUAACAAUUGAUUAUUUAUGUUUCAUGUAAUACUUUUUAAACAAAUAUGUUUAAAGCUAUACGUUUUUCUUUCUAGUAUUUAAUAGUAUCCUAUUUUCAAAAAUGUUCAGAAAUAAAAUUCACCUAUCCCACCU